UGGGUUGGCGGCUGUGAGCGAGGCCGGCCUGUGCAAAGAGCCUUUGGCCGGGGCAGGCGCGCCAGUGGGGCCGGAGAGACGCGGCGCUUGUCGCUGGGGGCGGACUCCCCCAGGAGGCUGGAGGAGCCGCCAAAGUCCCGCGGCCCUUCCAGGAGACGCCGAGCGAUGGGCCGGCCGAGCGCGGGUCUGCCCUCUCAAUCGCUGUCAGUUCUUGUACCAGCUCAUCUUCCCUCGCAGAUUCAGACUCCGACGGUGACAUGACAGGCUGUUACAGAUGCUUCUUCUUUGAACAGGCCAAAAUGGGGGGGGGGGGGGCAGGCGGCAGGCAGCAGGCAGCAGGGUCCAUUGACAGAAGAUGGAAGCAGCCUAAUGUCAUUCCCAUAAAAGAUUCCAUAAUCUUUUUUUUUUUUUGUAGAUAAUCUGCAAUUUGUGUUCAUGGUAAUGGGCAACAAAGGUUUUGAAUGAGGAAAUCAGCCUAAGUGAAACCAGUUGCUCCUCAGGGAAGCCCAGGUGCUGUGUCCUCUGAUUCCCAAGGAGGUUCUGCCCAGGAUGGCGGGUCAGCAGGAGGAGAUGGAGCCUCUCAAGAACCCCCUGGAGCCUUUCACCAAGAAGUGCUCCAGGAAGACCUACCAUAGCGCUGGACACUCCCAGACCCUGCUGAGUGGCCUGGGGGCUCUCCGGGACCGCGGGAUCCUCUUCGAUGUUGUUCUGCAUGUGGAGGGGAAGACCAUUGAGGCUCAUCGCAUCCUCCUAGCUGCAUCCUGUGAUUACUUCAGGGGAAUGUUUGCUGGGGGACUCAGAGAAAUGGAACAGGAAGAAAUUCAUAUUCAGGGCAUAUCGUAUAAUGCCAUGUGUAAAAUCCUGAACUUCAUAUAUACUUCGGACCUGGAACUUGGCCUAAACAAUGUGCAAGAAAUUCUAGCUGCAUCCUGUCAGCUACAGAUCUCUGAGAUCAUUAAGUUCUGCUGUGAUUUCCUCAUGCUUUGGGUGGAUGAUGAGAAUAUUGUGGACAUGUAUAGACUGGCUGAUCUCUAUGAUUUGUGUUACCUGACAGAGAAGCUGGAUUCCUAUUUUCUGAAAAACUUUGUUACCCUCUCAAAGACAGAGACAUUCCGCCAACUUCCCCUGGAGAAGGUCUAUGCCCUCCUCAACAGUAAUCUCUUGGAGGUGAACUCUGAGAAUGAGGUCUACGAAGGGGCCCUCCUUUACCAUUACACACCAGAACAACUGGAGACAGAUCAGGUUUCACUGAUGGAGCCUCCUAAGCUGCUGGAGACAGUCCGUUUUCCUUUGAUUGAGUUCCAAAUUCUGCAGAGACUUCACAACAAGUUAAGCUCCUGUCCGUUAAAGGAGACGGUAGCUAAUGCUCUAAUCUACCACAAGAAUGAGUGCCUACAGCCGGUGCUUCAGAACAUGCAUACACAAUUGAGGUCUGAGUUCCACUGUGUGGUAGGCUUUGGGGGCAUGCAUUCAACCCCAUCUACUGCCCUCAGCAACCAAGCCCGGUAUUUGAACCCACUUUUGGGAGAAUGGAGGCAUUUCACAACAGCCUUGUCUCCAAGAAUGUCCAACCAGGGAAUAGCUGUUCUCCACAAUUUUGUAUAUCUGAUUGGUGGAGAUAACAAUGUCCGAGGUUUUCGAGCAGAAUCCAGAUGUUGGAGGUAUGACCCAAGACACAACAAGUGGCUCCAGAUCCAGCCUUUGCAGCAAGAGCACGCGGAUCUCUGUGUCUGUGUGGUGGGCGGGGCGAUCUAUGCAGUGGCUGGACGCAACUACCGGCAGGACCUUCGGGAGGUGGAAAAAUACGACCCCAAAACCAACAGCUGGGAAUAUGUGGCUCCUCUCCAGAAGGAGGUCUAUGCCCAUGCAGGAGCAGAACUGGAAGGCAAGAUCUACAUCACUUGCGGGAGGCGAAGAGAAGAGUACCUAAAAGAGCUGCAGUGCUACGAUCCGGCCACCAAUCGCUGGGACAUCUUAAGUGAGAGUCCCAUCAGGAGAGCCUGGCACGGGAUGGCUGCGCUGUUGGGAAGGCUCUAUGUGAUUGGAGGCAGUAACAAUGACUCUGGCUACAGAAGAGAUGUUCACGAGGUUGCUUGUUAUACCCCAAGCAGUUCUCAGUGGACAACUGUCCGUCCUCUUCAUGCCGGGCAUGGUGAGCCUGGCAUUGCUGUCCUGGGCCACAGGAUUUACGUCUUGGGAGGGAGAUCUCAUAACCGUGGGAUCUGCAUGGACUAUGUCCACAUCUACGAUGCUGAGAGAGACUGUUGGGAAGAGGGUCCCCAGUUGGAAGAUGACAUUUCUGGGAUGGCGGCCUGCAUCCUUACUUUGCCAAGGGCGAUUCUCACAGACGGCGAAAUGGAUGUGUCUGACAGACAGCGCAAGAGAAUCCAGGAUUACUCAGGUGUGUCUGCUGAGGUCCUGAGAAUACUAGAUUGGGAGGAAUUUGAGAGUAUGAAUGACAAUUAGAUAUUAUUUUGGGAUCGGCUUUUCUUAUUUGGGCUGCCAUCGGAACUCUACUAACCUGGAAGAAGCCUGAUGCCAUUUAAUAGUAAUAGAGCAGAGCUAAAGCCAUCGCAAGAAGCCUUUUAAGGUACAGUUCAUUAAACUGAUGAAGGUUCUUUGAUGAGAAGCUAAACAUCUUUUUCCUUAAGGAAAAAACAGCAUCCAGUUGCCUUUUGCAAAAGGCAACCAUGACCUGGAUGACUGAGAAUAGUUCCAUAGAUGUAUAGCUCAUUGCUUGGCCAGUGGAAAACCACCAGAAAAAAUACAGUAUAUAUCAGUCAGUCUUCAAAUUAUUUGCUGACUAGAACAAACCUCAGAAAUUUAACAGUAAAACAGAUUGCAUCAAAUUAACUAGGUUAACUAAAAGCUUAUGUUCUGCUGAAUUCAUCACAGUAUCUGCAUUAAAGAUUGUUUGGCAUAAUAUUUUGGCUUUGGCGCCCGUGACUCCACGUUUUUCUUCUCUCGGAACCACUCAUGAUAAUCACUGCAUUUCAUACAGAUGGAAAGAAAAACAGCUUGUAUUUUUUUUCCAUAUUUAUUUUAUUGUUUAAAAAAAAUGCUGCAUUAGGUUUCUAGUGCACCAAAGUAGCAUUUCCUCUGGACUAGCAAGAAGAGGAAGCUACCAGGAUAAGACAAAGGAUCCUAAAAAGUCGUUUCUGGCAUCUUGGAAGGGAAAUUAACGUCUCAGCAGGAGAAUCUCAGCAGAAGGUUUCUUGGACAUUGCCUCUCAGUGAAAACUGGCUUUGUAAAGAAUUAUUCCUUGUUUUCAGUCAUUUCUUCAUCAGAAUCUGCUUGGAGGGUUCCAGAAAGUAACAGCUCAGCUCUCGUGCCACCUUCCUCUCCUUCCUUCCUUCCUUCCUUCCUUCCUCCCUCCUUUCUUUCCUUCCUCCCUUCCUGGGGAAACUUAACCUCGGUUGCUGUUCUUCCUACUAAUAAAGGCAGUUGCUGGUUGGCGAUUCCAAA